AUGUCGCCAAAUAGACAGAUGGCUUUGAUGGUGCAGGCUCGUCAAGCGUCUACGUUCGAUCCAACGCUCUUGACGCACAUCAUCCAUGACGGAGAGGAGAACACCUCCUCCCGUCGUGCAGCCCUUGCUCGCGUCGAAUCAGCCCUAGGCAUAACCGACACCAUGCAGCUUCCUCACCUUCACACUGGCCUCAACCGGAGGGAGCUAUACCUGGAAGGCCUGCGCCGCGGCCGCGCCAUCGUCACCGACAUGUUACAGCACAACCACACCCGUUUCGUCAACCUGACCGAGCGCAGCCAACUCACCAACGCCACACCCUUUGGUUUGAACUUCCUCAUGUUCCGCCGCACGAUCAACCUACAGGGUACCACCGAACAGAAACGGUACUGGCUGCCCCUGAUCGAUCGCAUGGAGAUCAACGGCUGCUACGCGCAGACAGAGCUGGGACACGGUAGCCACGUCCGUGGCAUUGAAACCACGGCAACCUUCGACUCAGCCGCUGGAGAAUUCGUCCUCAAUUCUCCGACGGUAACCGCGACGAAGUGCUGGCCUGGGGGUCUCGGGCUCAGUUGCUCUCAUGCAGUGGUCGCAGCAAGACUGGUGACUAGGGGAGUGGACCAUGGCGUGCAUUGGUUUGUGGUCCAGAUCCGCAAUAUUUCCGACUCCACACCUAUAAAAGGAGUGACGUUGGGAGACCUGGGCCUGAAGAUGGCGUAUAACGGUACGUGCAAUGGCUAUGCACACUUCAAUCUCCUCCGCGUCCCAGGAAGUAGUCUGCUGGCGGCGCACGCACAGGUGCUACCGGACGGAACUUAUGUGCGGAAUGAGGCAGGAGCCCCGGAGAACUUGGCGAAACAAAGUUAUGCGACAAUGCUGGAGGUGCGGCGCGUGGUGAUCCACUGGGCAGCGUUUGGGCUGGCGCAGCCGCUGACCGUCGCGACGCGGUACGCAGUGGUGCGUGAGCAGGGCGCUCUCAUGUUCUCUCAGCCUACUGUCCCGGAGGUUGCCAUUCUCGAGUACAAGACGCAGCAUCAACGGUUAUUGACUCUUAUCUCCCAGGCGUAUGCUAUCCUCUUUGCCUCAAAGGAGCUUGAUGACUGCUUCGAAGAAUAUCAGCAGGAAAAAAGAGAAGGAAAGCUCGGCCGCUUAUCGUCUAUCCAUGCGGUCAGCGCUGGACUGAAAGCCUGGGCCACACAGGCUGUUGCUGCAGGGGCGGAGGAGGCGCGCAAGAUGUGUGGAGGGCAUGGAUACCUCGUAAUUUCGGGGCUCCCCGAGAUGGUCGCAACGGCCUGUGCAGCGGCGACCUUUGAGGGCGAGAACUAUGUUAUGUGGCAGCAGACGCUGCGCUAUCUGUUCAAGCAGAUUGGCGUUCUUCAGGCAGGGAAGAUGCUGGACUGCGACAUGACUGAGUCUCUCUCCGGAUACCAGAAAUGGCUGCAGGUUAAGGAAGAGGUUUCACACCUCCUGCCUGAAAGCGAUCAGCUUUCAGAGCCAGCAACACUGCUUAAGAUCUUCAAACAUCAUUUCCACCGACUCCUAUCUGCAGCACACUUCUUUUAUUCACAGCAAACCCGCACUUCGUCCCCAGCUGAGGCAUGGAACGCAUCCCUCACACGACUUCUCCCCGCUGCACAUGCGUACAUAGAGUACCUCGUGCUGAAGUUCAUGCAACGUCGCGUGGCAGUCGUCGGGCAGGCGCAGCCGAGCUUACUCCCCGUUCUCUCACGCCUCACGGAGUUAUUUGCUCUGACGACCAUCACCAACCCUGGCCCAUCGUUCACCUCUACCUCCUUCGCCGAAGACCACAUUUUGACUGCCGACCACUUCCUGCAGAUGCGUGCGCGCAUCGACGAACUUCUGGCGGCACUGCUGCCUGAUAUCAUCGCUUUGACAGACGCCUGGGACUUCACGGAUGCGAGUCUUUGUAGCGCGCUGGGAUGUCGUGAUGGGAAUGUGUAUCAAAGACUGAUGAGCUGGACCAAACAAUUGCCGGUGAAUCAGCAGGAUUUAGCGAGGGAGGCAUGGGCGAUUGAGGGCGGGAUCGGGGAGUUUCUUCGAGGAGAUAUCACAUCGGGAACCAAAUCUCGACUGUGA